AUGCAGGAGGAAACGCCAUCAACAUCGCUCACGGCGGCCGUGCCUGCAGGGCGCAUCGUCGCGCGACUCUCGGCGACGCUGCAGCAGACAGAGCAAGCGUGCGCCGAGCUUUCGCGCCUUGAAAGGCUUCUCUCUUCUCUGUCGUCCGGUGCCGCGGAUCUGAUUCGCGCCUCAACAACGCCAGUUGACACGGGCACGACCGAGCCUUUGCAGAUGACGCGCAAUGUGGAUGAGCGAACCGAAGAGGUUUAUUCAUUGCUCGAGGCCACCGGUGAACCCUCUACGUGCGAGUCGGAGGCUUGGGGGGCCUGGUGCUCAACAUCCGAGGUGAACAACGCCUUUCACAGUAGCGGCCUCUCCACGUCCUUCUCCGCUCUUGAGCGAAGCGUCAGCGAUGCCAUGGUGCUUGCACUUCCCUCGAAACUUCAGCGAAUCACAGAGAAAGUGACGCAACUGUGCUCUAUUCUCGGCGAGCGGGCGCGACGCGCGCGACAGAAGCAGGUUCUCCCCCACGUUAGGGCACGGUGGGUGUGCGAGGCGGUUCGCGCGCUCCAUCAAAUCGCCCACACCCCUCUAGAGCCGGAGUACGCCGAGGCUGCAACGUUCUCUGUCGCCGUACCUUGCGAUCCCCUUCCCUCGACUCCAGAAGAAGCGGACAAUUGUGGAAAGAGUCGCGCGCUCCCCGCGGCUAAUGACGCUGUUUGGUGGGAGUUGCAGGCUGGAUUUCACAGCGUGCUGCACCGCACCGCUCCUUCCAGCACGAGCUUGGCUCUAGGAAAGCGCGAGGAAGUAGCGGAGGGCCGUUUAGAGCUACAGCGGCACCGCCUGCUCGCCCUACUGGAAGAGAUGACCAUGUGGCUUGUCGACGACACAAGCGUCACUCGCUGA